UAAUUAUUGUAAAAUUUUCUCAACUGAAAAUAAAUAAAUUAUGCCGUGGAUUUUCUGAAAAUCUGAUCUCGGUGAUAUAUUAUUAUCCACUCUCUACUUCACUGAUACCCGCCAACGGAAAACCACCAUGACAGCUUCCGUCGCCGUCGCGACGGGUUUUCUCCGUUUACCUUCAAUUCAAAAGUCUCAACACUCUUCUAUUCUCUUUACUCGGAAUAGAAAUCUUCCAAAGAAAUCUUCAGUGAGACCCAUUUCCAUUUCCGCAUCAAGCGCAGAACUGCCGGAAAAUGUUCGUAGUUUCUGGAAAUGGCUCGGGGACCAAGGGGUCGUCUCCGGGAAGUCCGUCGCGGAACCCGCGGUGGUACCGGAAGGUCUGGGACUUGUAGCCCGGCGCGAUAUCGGAAGAAACGAGGUCGUAUUGGAGAUUCCCAAGCGGCUGUGGAUAAACCCAGAGACUGUAACGGCUUCCAAAAUCGGACCUUUAUGUAGUGAGUUAAAGCCGUGGGUUUCAGUAGCUCUGUUCUUAAUCAGAGAGAAGUACGAAGAAGAUUCUUCGUGGAGAGUUUAUCUUGACAUUCUUCCUGAAUCCACUGAUUCUACCAUCUUCUGUACAGGUCAGAAGAGGAGCUUGCUGAGCUCAAAGGGACUCAACUGUUGAGCACCACAUUGGGUGUGAAAGAGUAUGUAGAGAACGAAUUCUCUAAACUGGAACAAGAGAUAAUACUGCCUAACAAAGCUCUCUUCUCAUCCCGCAUAACACUCGAUGACUUCAUCUGGGCAUUUGGGAUUCUAAAAUCGAGGGCUUUUUCCCGCCUCCGUGGCCAAAACCUUGUCUUGAUCCCUCUCGCAGAUUUGAUAAACCACAACCCCGCGAUAACUACAGAAGAUUAUGCAUAUGAGAUCAAAGGAGCUGGCUUCUUCUCUAGAGAUCUCUUGUUUUCAUUGAAGUCACCUGUUUAUGUUAAAGCAGGUGAGCAGGUAUACAUUCAGUACGAUAUGAACAAAAGCAAUGCAGAACUUGCUCUAGACUACGGUUUUGUGGAACCAAACGCUAACCGGAACACGUAUACUUUAACAAUCGAGAUACCAGAAUCAGACCCGUUCUUUGGGGAUAAGUUGGAUAUCGCUGAGACAAACGGGAUGAGUGAGACCGGUUACUUUGACAUAGUAGAAGGCCAGUCUCUUCCCGCUGGCAUGCUUCAGUACAUCCGGCUUGUGGCUCUCGGCGGUUCGGAUGCGUUCUUGCUAGAAUCUAUCUUCAGAAACACCAUAUGGGGACACCUUGAGUUGCCUGUAAGCCGUUCAAACGAGGAACUUAUAUGCCGUGUUGUCAGAGAUGCCUGCAAAUCUGCUAUGUCUGGUUUUAGCAGCACCAUUGAAGAGGAUGAGAAGUUUCUGGAAGAAGGAAAGCUUGAGUUUAGGAUGGAAAUGGCUCUCAAGAUAAGGAUUGGUGAGAAGAAGGUACUUCAGCAAAUCGACCAGGUCUUCAAGGAUAGAGAGCUUGAGCUUGAUGUGCUUGAGUAUUACCAGGAGAGAAGGCUCAAAGAUCUUGGUUUGGUUGGGGAGCAAGGAGAAAUCAUCUUCUGGGAAUGAGAUUUUUACCUUAGCUCCUAUAAUUUAGUUUGUUUAUUUUAAAGGCUUUAAUAAGUGAGCCCAUCUCAAUAUCUGAAAGAACAAAAUGAAAAAAAAAUAAACAACCCUAGAAAGGCCCUUUUGGUAUAAAAGCCCAAAAGCUUUUGUCGAUCGUCGUCACCAUCUUGGAUCCGUAAUCUGUUACCGUAAAAGUAAUUGUAUCGUCUUCCUCGUCGAAGCUCCCUCAUCGUUUUCGCUGCAACCAUGUCGGACGAGGAGCAUCAUUUUGAGUCUAGCGACGCCGGAGCGUCCAAAACCUACCCGCAACAAGCUGGAACCAUCCGUAAGAACGGUUACAUCGUUAUCAAGGGUCGUCCAUGCAAGGUUGUUGAGGUUUCAACCUCAAAGACUGGCAAGCAUGGUCAUGCUAAAUGUCACUUUGUUGCUAUUGACAUUUUCACCAGCAAGAAGCUUGAAGAUAUUGUUCCUUCUUCCCAUAAUUGUGAUGUUCCUCACGUCAACCGUACUGAUUAUCAGCUAAUUGACAUUUCUGAAGAUGGAUAUGUCAGCUUGUUGACUGACAAUGGUAGCACUAAGGAUGACCUUAAGCUCCCUACUGAUGAUGCUCUGCUCCAACAGAUCAAGAGUGGGUUUGAAGAUGGAAAAGAUCUAGUGGUGAGUGUGAUGUCAGCGAUGGGAGAAGAACAGAUCAAUGCCCUCAAGGACAUUGGUCCCAAGUGAAAACGACAAAAGCUUUUGUGUAUCAACAAUGGCGUUUACAGGGGAGGUCACUGUUUUAUGAACCUUUUUAAUUAUAAUUUAUGUGACUCCCUCUCUCUUUCUCCAUCAGAGAUUCUCUUGUGUUUUGGUUUCUCUACUUUGGAAUUUAAAAACCUCUGUUACUAAUGAAUGUCUCAUCGUCUUCAACUCCUUCUUCUUCUUCAUGUUGUUUGAAUUUUUGGCUUCCCAACAGUAAAAUUGAACAUAAUUAAUGAACUAUACGG